UCCCCAAUCAGUUAUAUUUCUCAGCUCGUGGUGUAUAGACGUGGAAAGCGCUAGUGUGGAGUCAAAUUAGUAAUAAAAAAUUAUACACAACUCUGUCAAGUGCAAUAUAAAUAUUUUACUCACAUACAAUGAGAAAUCAGUGAUUCUUGUUCAAAAAAAAAAGGAAGUUAAAAGUGUUGGAGUGGAAGAAGGCAGACGGAACGACAAACACAACAAAGAAAUACGAAUAAAAAUAAUAAUAACAAUAACAACAAGCUGAAAAAGAGGAAGUGUGCUGUAAUAGCGGCAGCAGCUAAACUGCACAGCAACGUUCAAAAGAUAUUAUUUAUUACCAGAGACAAAAACAACAACGACAAAAACGACAACGAACACAACUGAAAAAAAGCUGACUGCUGCAAUCGACUGCUAACUAAAGUGAAAUAUAAAUGAAAGAAAAACGCAAAAAAACAACAACUAUAACUAAAUCCUUAUAGGAAAAUUAAAGGAGAAAAGACAUUCAUUUAUCGAUUUUGCGCGUUUCGCGCAACGCAGUAGUUAUAGUCAACUAAACGACAGAAGCGGUUGUGAAAAAUUUGUAUAAAUACAGUAUUUUUAGCAACUCACUAAACAAAUCAAAAAAAUAUAUGCAAAAAUGCUAAAAUUAAACCAAACAAAUUCUAUAUUAAAUAAAAAAAUCAAAAUUCUUAAAUAAGCAAUAAAAAUAAAUUAAAAACAAAAUCAAAGUGAAUUUUUCAAACAAACAAAAAAUAAGUCUGCUAAAAUAUUAAAAAAAAAUAAGGAAAAAAUUUCAUUGUAAGAGAAAAAAGGCGUGUAGUAGUAGUAUAUAAUAUAAGUAAAGUGAAAAGUAAAAGUGCUAAAAUAGUGUAAAAAAAAGGUGAAACAACCAAAAAAUGUAGUUUGUCUUUUUUUGAAGUAAAAAAUAACAGUUUUUCCUUAAAUUAAGAAAAACUGUCAGCUAAAUUGAAUAUGAAAUGAAGUCUUUUAGAGUUAAAUAAAUUAUUAAACAGUAAUUACAAAAAAAAUUUAUGUGUAACCUUUUGCACAUUGUUUAAUUGAUAGAAAACAACAACAAUAAUAUUACUUCACAUACAUAAUUUUUAAUAGAAAUACAGAAGAACAACAACAAAUAAACAAAAUGUGGAUACCAUCAAACAACAAAUACGGUGUCGCUAUACACAAUUGGCUUGGUGAUGUACGUUUUGGUCUUCCUUUAGAUGUUGGAGAUUCGGUGGAAAUCUUGGAAGAAUGUCCAAAAUGGUUUCGCGGCACCUGUCCACGAAAAUCACGAGCUGUGGGAUUAUUUCCCAAAACUUAUAUACACAUAAAAGACUUAUCAAAAAUAGAUCCAGUGGUAGCCGAAUGUACACAGGUGUUAAGAGAAUGGUCGGAAAUAUGGAAGAAACUAUUUGUGGAUCGAGAAACUUAUAAAUUUCUUACAUUACGUAAAGUAAUGCUAUCGAUAUUGGAAAGUAGGCGUGAAUUGUUGGGAGCCACUUUGACACAAGAUCAAACAAUAGAACUACAAAUGACAGUCGUUUCAAAAAUAGACUGGGGCAAUAGAAAGCUUGGCCUUGACUUAGUACCCCGUGUGGGACCACUAGCAGUAGAUCCACAUAAUAUUGGCAUAGUUGGUUUACACAAUGUUCAUGUUACCAGUGCAGAUAAUGCAAAAGCAUCAUCGAGUCGUGGUACAUUACGGCGUAAAACGCAACGAAAAAUUCUCACACACCAUUUGUAUUUUUGCAUGCGAGAUUUUGGUUAUCGCAUUGCGGGCGGCGAUGACGCAGAAGUUUAUUUUUACUUAUAUGAUUCCAACAAUAUGAAGGCGUUGUCUGAACGAUUUUUAGUAAAGAUCUCUAAAGAUGGAUACCCCAAUUAUAUGGAAAGGAUGAAUAGUAAUUGUACUGUGUUCACAGAUUUAGGAGCGGCUGAUUUAAAUGAUGAACUCUAUUUAGUGGCUGUGGUAAUGCGUGUUGGCAAGAUUUUACCUUCGGAACCCGUAAAGAAAUCAGAAAAAUCCAACAAUAAUAUCUGCUGUAAUGGUCCAGCCUUGUAUAGGCGACCAUUUGGGGUGGGUGUUUUGCCGUUAGGAGAUUUUUGUCAUUUUGAUAGCACCAUAGAAACGGAAGAAAGAGAGCACAAUAUUAAAUUGGUUUAUAAUAAUGAUGAAAAGGAUUUUCAUCAAUUACCUGAACUGUUAAUUAAGAAAUCAAGCAGUAAAUACCAACCGAUUAGCACUGGCAGUCAGAGUAAUCAAGGCGUGAUGGUAUCUCUCAAACUGUUACAUGGUGGCUUGGGGCAGGCACGCCAAGAACAACCCUUGCUCUUCCAAGGUAGUACCAUUACAAGGAAAAUGGGUUUCCCAGAUGUCAUAAUGCCCGGAGAUGUACGUAACGAUAUGUUCAUUACUUUAGAGCGGGGUGAAUUUGAAAGAGGUGGUAAAAAUACGGCUAAAAAUAUACUUGUCACUGUAGUUGUAUUAGAUGUUGCUGGCAAUAUCCUUGCGGAAUGUUUAUGGGGAGCUUCUGGUAUGGAUUCACAAAAUUAUUACAAGUCAAUGAUUCUGUAUCAUCAGAAUGCUCCCUGUUGGAAUGAAAUGUUACGUUUAAGUGUACCCAUUGACAAGUUUUCUACCGCUCAUGUGAGAUUUGAGUUUCGUCAUUGUUCGACGAGAGAGAAAUCAGAUCCAAAAUUAUUUGGAUUUAGUUUUGCUCGUUUAAUGGAUCCCAGUGGUGCUACAUUGGCAGAUGGCCAGCAUGAAUUGUAUGUGUAUAAAUGUGAAGACUCAUCAAAACUAACGACAGCCAACUAUUUGAUAUUACCAUGUAAGCCAAAAGAUUCACAUGCCAAAGUGGAGUGCAGUUCAAUAUUCCAUAGGAGUUCUAAGGAAGUGUUCGUAAUGAAGUCUUUAUUAUGUUCCACCAAACUUACGCAAAAUGUUGAUUUACUGUCACUGCUGCAAUGGCGUGCUCAUCCUGAAAAGAUACAAGAUUCCUUAACUGGAGUAUUGCGUUUAAAUGAUGAAGAAUUGGUGAAAUUUUUGCAAGACGUUUUGGAUGCACUCUUUGCCAUGUUUUCCAAUGAGGAGGGCAAUAGCACGCAACAUUCCGGUUUAGUAUUCCAUGUUCUUGUGAGCAUAUUUAGCUUGUUGCAAAGCAAUAAAUUUCAACAUUUUCGUCCCGUCAUGAAUGAAUACAUUGAAAAUCAUUUUGCCGCUGCUUUAGUCUACAAAGGUCUGAUAACAUCUGUGGAGCAUAUGGCCGUUUUUAUGACAAAAGCAGAACAUCCGGAUCCCUUUCAGAAAUGUUUUGGUUCUUUAGAAUAUAUUUUCAAACUCUUGAUACAAUCUAGAAAAUUGUUUGCUCGAGCUACCGGUGGCCAAUAUGAGGAUUCAUUUCGUAGAGAUUUACAUUCAUUAUUCACUGCUUUAAAUGGUAUGCUAGCAGUACCUUCGUAUGACGUCAUUAUACCCACUCAGGAGGCUUUAUUAAGUUCGACUGGUGUUGUUUUGGAACAAUUAAAAGAUACACUUCCAGCACCCGAAUUAGGUAUGCUGGCUCGCAAUAUGUUAGAUGCCAUACCAAGGGAUGCUCCCAUACGUUUGGUGCAAGCAAAACUUCAAGCUGUAAAGGAUUUAGUAUCAGGAGAACUAUUUCACGAGGAUGAUUCUCGCACUGUUAUCCUAUCUGUGGCAUGUAAACACUUACGAAUGCAUCUAAGCCGUCGUGAUGAACUAAAACUUUGUGCCGAAAUUCUGUCGGAAAUUUUAACACAUCUCUACGAUUUACAAAAGGAACAAAAAGACAAAGUCACAAAUACCUUACAACAUGACUUGGACUCGUUGUGUAAAAAUAUUUUGGGAAUUUUAAUUAAAACUAUUAGUAUCAUUUUGGAAGGAUCUAAUUCUGUGCUACCUCAACUUGUAGCCUGUUUGUUGGGCCUCCUACAGCUCUUAGAUGAAACACAUUACAAACGUUAUUGGGACGAAUUAAGCCCCAAUAAAGAUCCUCGAGAUCUGAAAGAAUUUUUAGCCAAAUCAUUGUUAGUAUUCGAAGAACUACUAUCACAAGAUUGGUUGGUAUAUCCGCCGGACUGGUUAAUCAUGAAAUUAGCCUGCAAUGAUGUAUUACGUAAAUCCUUGGAAGAGUUUGCUAAACCCUUGGUAUAUCGCUUCUUGGGCUCGAAGUCAUUUGAUUCCCAGCUGUGGUGGACGUACUUUACUUUAGCUGUAACAUUCUUAACUCAACCCUCACUACAGUUGGAAAAAUAUCGUGAACCAAAAAGACGCAAAAUUUUACAUUCUCAUGGUGAUAUGCGAGUUUUAAUGGGUUUUCAAAUACUGAGCAUGUGGUCUCAAUUAGGAGAACAAAAAUUACAUUUUAUACCUUCAAUGGUGGGACCAUUUUUAGAAGUCACUUUAGUACCCGAACCGGCUUUAAGAAAAGCUACACUAACAGUAUUCUACGACAUGAUGCAGUGUGAGCAGAGUGCCCGAGGAUCUUUCCGUUUAGUUGAAAGUGAACUUAUUGAUAAAUUAGAUUUAUUAAUAAGUGAAAAUAAGGGCGAUGAUGAAUAUCGUGAACUUUUCAGCACCAUGGAACAUCUAAGUUUAGUUCUUCUUGAAAAAGUUCAAAAUGAAAAUCCAACUUGGAGGGAUGCUGGUACUGCUUUUAUAGCAUCGGUAACACGUCUACUAGAACGAUUAUUGGAUUAUCGCAGCGUCAUGCAAGGUGAAGAGAAUCGGGACAAGCGCAUGUCCUGCACAGUCAACUUGUUGAAUUUCUAUAAAAAUGAAAUCAAUCGCAAAGAAAUGUAUUUGAGAUAUAUUUACAAAUUACAUGAUUUACAUUUACAAGCUGAAAACUAUACUGAGGCAGGUUUUACUUUAAAACUAUACGCCAAUAUGUUAGCAUGGGAUCGUGAGUCAAUGGUGAUACCUUCCAAUGAUACUGUAGCAGAACCGGAAUGGCAACGUAAAGAAAAAUUAUAUCAUCAGAUACUCAAAUAUUUUGAUAAAGGUAAAUGUUGGGAAAAAGGUAUUCCUUUAUGCAAAGAAUUGGCUUUGCUUUAUGAGACGAGACGUUUCGAUUAUAAUAAACUAAGUGAAAUUUUAAUAUUAGAAGCGAAGUUUUUUCAAAAUAUUUUAACUCAACUGCGACCAGAACCAGAAUAUUUUAGAGUUGGUUUUUAUGGCUUAGGAUUUCCAUUAUUCGUAAGAAACAAACAAUUCGUUUAUCGUGGCUUGGAAUAUGAACGCAUUGGUGCUUUUACACAACGCUUACAAACCGAAUUUCCUACCGCACAAAUUUUAACUAACAAUAGUGCUCCGGACAAUUCUAUCUUAACUGCUUCUGAACAAUAUAUACAAAUUAGUUAUGUUCGUCCUGUAGCAGAUGCACAAGCUUUAAAAACUGCCAUGGUUACAGUUCCCGAGAAAAUUGCUCGUUUUUAUGAAGUAAAUGAUGUUAGUCGCUUCAUAUCAGAUCGUCCUAUUUACAAAGGUACUGUAGAUAAAGAUAACGAAUUUAAGUCGUUGUGGAUAGAACGCACAACCCUUGAUAUAGCCUGUCCAUUACCUGGUAUAUUGAGAUGGUUUGAGGUGAAACAUAAAUCAGUGCAAGAACUGACCCCAGUCGAAUUUGCUUGCGAAACUAUGAACAAUGUGGGCAAAGAACUGUGGGAUUUAAUAGUGCAAUAUCGUAAUGAUCCUAAACGUAAUAUAAACCCAUUCUCUAUGCGUUUACAGGGCAUUAUAGAUGCAAACGUAAUGGGUGGUAUAAGUAAAUACCAAGAGGCCUUUUUCACUGAGCAAUUCCAUAAAUCUCCCCAAGGUCAGGGACAACAGGCCAAUGUACAAAAACUAAAGGCCUUAAUUUUGGAAAAGAUACAAAUUCUAGACCAAGCUCUCGAAUUACACGGCCAACUAGCACCCGCAGGUGUGCAACCGUUGCACAAUCGUUUAUUGGAGAGAUUUUCACAGCUGAAACAAAGUCUUUCGGGUUUGGGACGUCUAAAGAGGCAACAUUCUGAAAGUAUUGUUAAUACUCCACUACCACCAUUGCCUACAGAGAAAAGAACCAUGAGUUUAGGUACCAACAGUGGACCCACCUCACUGAUAUCAGCCUCGAAUUAUUAUGAACACGACGAAAUAUAUACUAGGCCUGGUGAAACUUUAAGACCAGUCGAACCAUCUAGCUAUAACAAUUCCUAUCAAACCUUGAGCAAAGAAAAUUUAUGCAUUGUUGGAGAUACAAGAGUAGAACCUCAGAAUGCCCCUCCUAUACCCAAUCGUCCUCGAUCUCAAAACUUUAGUUCAAACAUGUCAUUAGAUGGACCUGAAGUUCCACCCAAACGAAAUAUCAAUUUGCCGGGAUCUCCUGGUGCACCUCCUUUACCACCUAGAGGCAUAACACCCGACAAACGAGCCUCAAAUCCCAUGAUAUUCAAUGAUUUUUCAACCGAUUCGCCGGUAUCAAGUAUGCCACGAAGGCCACAUUCCACAUCACACCAACAUAAUCAAAAGUACGCUGUUGUCGAUAUCAGUUUUGAUGAUCCCGAAGCUGAUCAGGCUCCACACUCUCUAACGCACACUCAUAACUGUCAUAAUUCUGACUUAAAUCAUUUAAAUGUUACAUAUGCUCCCAAUGAUUUUAGGGAUUCGGGCAUAUCAACUGCCAGUGCACAUGAAUUGAAUCAUUUAAAUAAUCUAAGUGAAGAAUCUUCCUCGAAUUCCUUAAGUACGGUACAUCAUCGUGAUCAUUGUCGCAUGUCUUCGAAUGGCAGUAUGGAUGGUUCAUAUGCCGUCAACUCAUUAAAUAUCAAUCAACGGGAAAAUUCAGCCAGUUCAUUUGAUUUGGAGGAAGUGCCCAUGCCGCCACCACCGAUACCUCCAAAAUCAUUAAACAUCAUAGCCACGCAUGAGUCAUCCAUUGAAUCGGGCCCAUCCACACCACCAUUAUUAACAAAUCAAGCUCAAAACGCAAAUCAUUCCCAUUUACAUCAUCAUCAUCACCACCAUCUACAUCAACAACAAAAUGGCCACAAUGAUGGCUAUGUAUCACCAAAAGCCACACCUGUGGCCACUGCACACGACAUCAAUGAAUCUCAGGGUGAUGUUGGCAACACUUUUUGA